AAAAUUACAAAUGUAUUUUCACGUCAGUAAUAAAUUAAUGGGAAAAAUUUGGCAAAAAAGAACAAAAACUCGAAGUUUUUGAAUCGUUACUUUAUGCAAUGUUCAAGCGACAACACUGUGUGUUUUUUUUUUCAUAUGAGUCAUUUUUUGUUCGCUUCGUACAGAUUUUCAAGAGUGAAAAACGCUAAAUAAUAUUUCGUCUUUCGUCAGUUCCGUUCGUGGUGAAGUUAAUUAAUUUAAAAAUACAAUUUAGCAUUAUUUCAUAGUUAAAGUGUUGUAUACUUUCAACGUAAUUUUGUGUAAUUCGCCCGGCUGCUGAAAAUCGAUAAUCUAGUUGUCGGCUUUUCUGAAUUUCACACGUUUCUCUAAGCUGCAAUUAUGAGCGUCCAGGCGUACAGCGAUAUUAUCCAGUCGUAUUUGUCGAAUUUCAUUACGUAUUCGAAUCAAAUUGGUGGUGAUGUAGCCGAGCAAGCUAAACUCGUCAGCGAAGCGUUCAAGGCUCAAUUAGAAUACUUGAAGUUGGCUGCUCAAAGUGCAUUACCUAGCGCCGAUCAAUUGGUGAGAUUACUCAAACCUACUAGUGAUAAAAUACAAGCUAUCCAAAGUCUGAGAGAGAAGAAUCGCGCUUCGCAAUAUUUCAACCAUCUGAGCGCCAUUAGUGAAAGUAUACCGGCUUUAGGAUGGGUCACAGUCAGUCCAGCUCCGGGACCAUAUAUCAAAGAAAUGAACGACGCUGGCCAAUUCUACACAAAUCGUGUGCUCAAAGAUUGGAAAGAAAAAGAUAAAAAACACGUCGACUGGGUUAAAAGUUGGAUCGAAGUAUUGACAGAAAUGCAAAAAUUCGUCAAACAGUUCCAUACCACCGGAUUAGUCUGGUCAGGAAAAUCAGCUGUAGGCGGCAUUCCUCCGCCGCCGCCAGGAAACAUGCCCCCUCCUCCUCCAGUUCUUCCCGAUUUGAAUGAUCUAAGCGUCGGCGAUAAAGGCGACGAUAGAUCGGCGCUGUUCGCUGAAAUAAAUCAAGGAGAAAAUAUUACCAAGGCCUUGAAGAAAGUAACUCCUGAUAUGCAAACGCACAAAAAUCCUAACCUAAGAUCAGGUCCAGCUCCAUUCAAAGCUACAUCAACUACUGGUACGAAUUACAGCGGUAAACCGGCGGUAGAGAAAUCUCCGGUGUUCCAACGAGAUGGCAAGAAAUGGAUCAUUGAAUAUUACAAAGAUAAUCACGGUUUACUGGUCGAAGGCACAGAAAUGAAUAACGUCGUGUAUAUGUUCAAUUGCACAAAUUGUACUUUAACGGUGAAGGGAAAAAUUAAUUCGAUAUUUUUGGACUCUUGUCGUAAGUCUUCCGUUGUAUUUGAUACGGUUGUGUCCUCAGCCGAAUUUGUUAACUGCCAGUCAGUGCAAAUGCAGGUUCUCGGUAAUGUGCCGACUAUAUCCAUAGAUAAAACCGACGGUUGUCAGAUGUAUCUCAGUGAGAAAUCAUUAGGCGUUGAAAUCGUCUCGUCUAAAUCUUCCGAAAUGAACGUUCUGAUUCCUAAAGGAAACGGAGAUUAUAGUGAAUACCCGAUUGCUGAGCAAUUCAAAACUACUAUAUCACCUUCUGGUUUGAAAACCGUUGUUAUAGAAAGCAAAGGAUAAGUUGAUAGACUUGUAAAAAAAAAAGUUGAAAUAACGGGCUAUUGUAAUUUUGCGAUGGAGAUUGUUUAAAAAAAUUUGAGCAUUUAUUAACAAUACUGUGUAUGUUGCCUUUAUAUACUAUUUUUUUAAAUAACGAUAUCGCAUUGUUAAGCAUUAUUUAUUAUAACACGUGGAAAUAUUUUAUUGAAUGUACACUUUUAUUUACUACGUAAAUUGUAUUUUACGAAAUAUUUUGCUUUCGCGUAAUUUUUGUACUUUUAUCCAAAUAUAAUUUUAAUUGGAAUGUU